CGUCACGACGUCGACGCGUCUUCUCUUCUCUCGCGUGUUUAGUGGUUGCGCAGUGUAUAUAUUGGGGUUAUUUCGCAGCUUGUUUCUUGCGUUUAGCGCGUCAUUGCCACCAAGUGCGCUUCAUGGUCCAACACAAACACCUUGACCCAGUUGCGCUUCAGCAGCUUUCGAUGUUACUGUCCAGGACGACUUGAUUGCGUGGCGUUCGUAGAAACUUUACCCAAGCCUCCGUCGCCAUGUCAUCAAGUAAUUACUCCUACAACUACCCCUACCAACAGAGCUCCGCCCAGCAGUACUCGUCGCAUCAAACUGCGCCGCCCACGAACCCCACUACGAAGUCGACGCGCCAGUACCAGAAAGCACCCUCGGCAGCACCAAGCCAAACUGCCGACUACAUGUCAUAUUCUGGUCCGUCGUACGGGACGUCGAGUACAGGAUAUGGCGCUGCCCAAGACAACUGGAGUGGCAGCCCCAGCGAUUACGGUACGGCAAGGGACAAUGGCAGCCGGGCUGCUGAGGUUUUGCGCAACAUGAGCAAUACGGGUUAUGCGGCGACAACAUCAGCGCCGAGCCAAUCUGGCUUCACUGCUGCCAAUGCCGCUUCCGCACACUACACCUCCGGACGUUCGCCACAAGUGCAGGCGCAACCUCCACAGGGCUCCCACGCUGCUUACGGUCAAACACAAGCUCGUCCGCGCAGCAUCAAUACUAAGCAAGCGCAAUCGUCCGCAAGCAGAGGCCUCUCGUCGCCAGCAACUGCUGCUGGAUAUCCUUCACAACGCGCGGCGGCGCAUUACCCUCAGCAGCAGCAGCGCACAGCCAGUCCCUCUCAAGUCCAGUACGGUCAGAACAGUGCAACAGCUUCAAGCAGACCCGCCGGAAUGGCUGCAGCGGGGACGUCGCAAUCUUACGGUGACUAUAGCCACCGACACCUCCCUGAGACAGAUGCUUCCCGAUCCUCGCACACCGCGCCGCACUCAAACUCCUACACGCCUCGAUUACCUGUGCCAAUCGUCCAACCGCCAGUAUCAGCUAUGCCUGAGCCAUACACAGGCCCAAGCACAACGGUAGAUCCCACCGCUGUGUACGAUCCCUGGCCCGAGUACCAACGACAGCGAGCCAUCAAAGAUGCAGAGCGCGCUGAAAAAGAGAGGAAGGAAGAGGAGGUCCGCCUGGAGGAGGAGCGCGUUGAAGAGGAGGAGCGGAAGCGGAAGGAAACAGAUGAACAGGCUCGACAGGCGCAGCUCACGGCCAGCCAACCAAAGCCAAGGACUAAGAAGGCCCAGAAGCAGCAGACGCCAGCUCCUGUCGCCCCUCCAGCCGAAGCUUCAGGGUCUUCAGCUGCUGCUUCGGAUUUGGAAGCAGAAAUCCGUGCUAUGAUGGCUAAGAUGCGCGAGCUCAACAGCAAGGACCCGCAAAUGCUUGCGCGCAUUUGGGAAGAGGAGAGAAAGGCAAAGGCCCCGAUCAAUAAGUCACCCACAAUCACCACGAAACCGGCUCCUCAACCAGUGGUCGUCCCUCCUGUGCAAGUACCCACUCCUCCAAUUGCGAAUCAGAGGAAGAAAGCCACCCCACGGGAUUCGUUCAGUACGCCAACUGCAAAGCCUGUCACUCCUGCUCCAGUCCAAGCAGUACCCAUGAGUGCACCUGCAGCAGCAACCGUGCGAGCCGGGGGAACCACAAUUUGGCCCGCCGAGAAGAAGCUUGAGCUUGCGAGAGCUGCGGCGCACUACCUCACCACCCAUAACCCAGAUCGUCCAAUCGAAGGCGAGCAAGUCAUUCAGAUGCUUGACGGGAAUCCCUCGUAUGUUGAGUUGUGCGAGCAACUCGAACAGAUGGGGUUUCAACUGAAUCGUUCGAUCUUCGCAAAGAGCCUGCUCUCAGCUGUGCCGGAUGUAAACUCGGCGUCUCGCAAAACAGCUCUACAGGUGCCUCCGGCUGCUGCAUCCAAGAUCCCAGCUCCGCCUGCAGUAAUGAAGCACCCUGCGCCUCCAGCGGUUAUGAAGAACCGCCUUGCAACUCCAGUGGCACCCAGUCCACGCUACGCAGCUGCGACCGCGUCUCCGAUGAACAGACCUUCAUACCCUUCAUUCCCUGAUGAUGAUGCCAUGGCAGCACCAUCGCAAAUACCUGUCGCCGAGAUGGUUCCCAUCAAGCCAGAGUUGAAGCCACCAGCCAACAAAGAGCAAGCAGCAAGAAAACGUAACUUGAGUGACCUGGUUGAUCUGACACAGCUUGACGACGAAGAAGACAUGGGGCCGCCGCUGAAGAGAUUCAACACAGGCCCGAUGUACACAUACGGCUCGCCACAUCCACACAUUAAUGACGCUAUGGACGUCGAUGUAGCACCGGUCAGCAAUUUCCCAACAGCGGGUAUGUCUGCGCCCACCGGUAACUUCCCGACUGCAAGCACGCCCGCACCUGUAGCGAACGAACCAACGUUUCGCGCUGUCGUGCCCAUACCAGCAACCGAGCUACGGUACAGAGCAAUCGUCGAGCCUCUGGACAAGAAAAAGGCACUUCGACGCAACACCUACAAUCCAGCCACAAUCGCUCGAGAUGUGUUACUUGCCUGUGGGAGACAUCCUUCUGAGCGCCAUCUCAACCAGCAUCUUGAUAUACUCAAGGUCAACAUCCCACAGAUAACGUAUGAAGCGGAUCUGAGUACGAUAAAAUGGGGUUUGAUCGAUCCUGGUAGCCCACCGCCUGGGUAUUUCAAGGCUAGCACGCAGGCUCUGACCGAGGAUGCAGACGACGAGGACGACUCUGAAGAUGAAGACAUGACGCGUUGGGGAUCGUCACACGCGGACGCGAGGGCCCAAGCUCUUCCCGAGGCGACCAACCCAUUCAUCAAACAAAAGCAACGCGGUCGACCCCCACGUCAUUCUCUCCCCAACACAACAACGCCGUCAACCCCGAAACGACAGGCAAGCUCUGCGAAAAUGAGCGCAACCGCUCCGCGACCUGCGGCUUCUGGCACUGGAUACUCUGCAUUCCGCGAGGUUGGGCCUGAUGGCAAUCCGCUGCCGAAGAAGAAGGGUCGUCCAGUCGGCUGGCGCAAAGCGAUACAUGGCUCUGCGGCUGCACAGCAACGUUCGGCAAGCAACGGUCAUGCAGGCAAGUACGGGCCUGAACAGCCAAGUACGCUGCGCAACGUAAGCACCGGCGAGGAUCCCAUCCUUAUCAGUUCUCGCUCACCAAGCGUCGCAAACCAUGCCCAGUACCAAUCGUUCAAGUGCAAGUGGCAAAACUGCAAGGCAGAACUGCACAACCUUGAGACACUCCAGCUACACGUCUUCAAGGUGCACAAGAAGGAUCCCCUACGCAGUACUCUGGAGUGUUUGUGGGACGGCUGUGGCAAGCAUGUCACCAGUUUCGACCCCAUGAGUAACAUGAGCCUCGAGCGCCACGUGCCACUUGCGUUCGCGGGGGAGACUACAUGGCGCGAGCACCUGCAGCAGAGCCACUUUGACCCUUUGUCGUGGGAGCAAGGCGAUGGACCCGCUGGUGGGCUCUCCGAUGCACAUGAUUCUGAAGCAUAUCUCAGCGAUGCUCAAGGGCGUCGUGUGACACCACGCAUUACAGCCAGCCCCGCAGAUUAUGAAAGCAUAACUUCAGUACUCUCUGGAUCAAUGCCAUGCGACCGCGGUCGGCCGGCGAAAGACGCGCAGCAGCAAGAGGCUCGUGAUGCACAGGAUCGAUUGGUGUCACAGAAGAGGCGCAUGGGAGGGCCGGGCAUGGACCGUGGAGGCGCCACUCUUGUCAACGACAAGCGCAGGCGAGGGCUCGUUGACAGCGACGGAGCAGAAGAGGAAUACGUCGACGCAGAGGACUGAGGACCAUACUAAGCUUGGAUAGAUUCAAUGCCUCACAUGGGCCGAAAGUUCAUAUAGCUAUGCGCCCAAACGCCGUGAUGCUUCGCCGAUCGCUUGGUCCCUCCCACCUAGUCUUGACCAUGGUAUCAAAGUCUCCGCUGCGCGUCUCAUUCCCCCGUCUCGUAUAGGCAAGCAUUCUGUACUUGGUCCUACGCCUUGACCUUGGCUGCGGGCUUGGGCUUCUGGAGCUCGGCGUGCUCUUCGGAGUUGACUUCGAGGAAGU